AUGACCAACUUUGUUAACACCGCUGACGACGAGCUCUACAAAGGUCUCGAGGCUCAGAGAACCGCCUUGAAGCGGAAUGACAGCUCUAAUAUCAAAACCGAGAGUGGAGGCAGCGACAAUGUCAUCUCCCAGCCCCGCGCGCAAAAUUCCGGGGCUGCCUAA